AUGAAACAGACCAUUCGAAGGCAAGGGAUUUGCCAUGCACGCAAUCCGAAAUCCAUAUAUAUGGUGAGGAGGUAGAGAGAGAAACAGACACAGAAACUGUCAGUGUCAGUGAUGAGAAAUCUUGUGAAGAGCAUCAUCUAUCCCUGGAAAAGGUCAGCUUAACCCGGGAAAAGUUGUAUGGAUUAAAGAGGGGAACAGAACAGAAUUUGAGCCUUUCCCAAACCAAAGAGGAGAGUGCCAGUGAGAAGAAAACAGGAGAAGAGAACACUGUCUCACAGAAAAAUAUUCAUGGAUUGAAUUCCCCAAAAGAGAGGCCUGCCAAUAUGUAUGGUGAGGAGGUAGAGAGAAAAACUGCAACAGAAACUGAGGCAUUACCUUUCCAACAUUUGCCCAGUUCUCUGAAAAAGACUUGUGCACAGAGUAGUGAGGAAACUUGGGAAGAGCCCCAUUUAUCCCUGGAAAACGUCAGUUUAUCCCGGGAAAAUAUUGCCCCUUUCCAGAAUCUUUCACUUUCCCAAUCAAAAGACAGGAGUGCCAAAGAGAAGAAAACAGGAGAAGAGCACCAUUUGUCCCAGGAAAAUAUUUAUGGGUUGAAGAGCGAACCUGAACAGAAUUUGUCCCGUUCCCCAAGAGAAAGGCGGGCCAGUGAGAAGGAAACACAGGAAGGACUUCACUUAUCCCGUGAAGAGCUCCGCUUAUCCCAGGAAUAUAUUUCCGUAUUGAAGAAUGAAACUGAACAGAAUUUGUCCCGUUCCCCAAAAGUGAUGUGUGCCAGUCCAAAGAAAACACGAGAAGAGCAGUGUCUUUUAUCCCGGGAAGAGACCCACUUAUCCCUGGAAAAUAUUUAUGAAUUAAAGAGUGAAUGUGAAACAUUUGGGAGUGAGGAAGAGGCUCUGGCACAUCGAGUCAUUAAAUGGCAGCAAGACAUCUUGACUGAGCAGGAGAUUGCUGUUGACUUGGAUUCUGAUUGGGUUGGUGCAGAGUACUCACCAUAUAUCGCUAGAAAAGGGACUGAGUCAAAAAUGGCUGCUGAAGGCAUUACUUUUGGAUCAAACGCUCACUCUGAGGUAGAUUCAACAAGAAGAAGAAAGCCUUCCCCAGAAAAGACAGACUAUGAAAAGUUCCUGACUGAGGAUGUUCCUCGUGGUUUCAGAGAUGAGAGAAGGUCCUCACAAGAAAAGUCUGUAAAGGAACAUGUCCUUACUGAGAAUGAUAUCCCUCCUGAAUACAGAUAUGACAGGUCUUCACCAGAAAAGACAACAAAUGAAAAGUUCCUGACUGAGGAUGUCCCUCAUGAAUACAGCGAUAUAAGAAGAAAGUAUUCUCUAGAAAAGCCAACAAAGGAAAUUAUUAUCCAUGAUGCUAGAGCCCAUGAAGGCCCAAGAAGGCCUUCUCCAGAAAAGACAACAAAGGAAAGGUUUCUGAGUGAGCAUGCCCCUCAUGACUACAGAGAUGAAAGAAGAAGAAGAUCUUCACCGGAAAGAACGGCAAAGGAAAAGUCCCAGAGUAAGGAUGUCCAUCAUGAUUUCAGAGAUGAAAGUUUCCAAUGGCCCCCUCCUCCACAAACCGUUGUUGAUGAAACAAGGCUGCAGACCGAAAGUGAGUAUUUUGUGAGCGAAGAGGAAGCUUUGGCUCAGUGCAUCUUAAAAUGGCAAGAAGACGUUCUCACCGAACAAGAAGAAGCUGUUGAAUUAGAGUCCAACUGGGCUUUGGCUGAACAUUCACAACACCCAAAGAAAACCGAUGCCCGUGGACCUCAUAAUGGUUCCUCUAAUGAACCUGUGAAAAAACGGUCACCUGUGAAAGAAUGCUCACCUGUGAAAGAACCCUCACUUAUUAGACAACAUCACAUUGGUCAGCAUGUCUCUCAAGAAGAUUGGGCAAUGGCUGAACUUUCACAACACCAUCAUAGGAGAACUGAUGUCAGUGGAGAUGAUGCCAAUGAAGGUCCUUCUUAUGAACCUGUUUCUCAUCAUGUCAAGAAGUUUCAUCAAAUGUCACUUGGGUCUCACUCACCUGUGAGAGGGCCCUCAACAGUUUGAGAAACUUCACCUGGUAGAGAGCCCUCCCCUGGCAGAGAACACUCACCUGACAGAGGUCGAUCACCUGUGAAAGAACCUGGUAGAGAAGCAUCACCUGGGAGAUGCAGUUCACCUUUGAGAGAACAUCACAUUGGUCAGCAUGGCUUUCAAGCUGAAGUUGGUGCAGAACGGCCUUCCAAUUGGGAAUCUGACUUGAGACACAAUGAAAAAGUGGCUAUGAGGACCGCAGAGAGGAAAGAAGAGAACAUAAAAUUGCUAUCAAAAGAUGCCAAACAAUCCAGCUCGAAAGAAAACCUUCACCAAAUGGACAUGCCUCAGAGGACAAAUGAAGUUGAUAAGACUUCACCAAAAACGUCCAUACCUAUCUUUGUGAGAGAAAUAUCAUCCAUGAAAGUAAAGAGGGGAGAGAUGAUAGACUUUAAAUGUCAUUUUCGGGGAGACCCUCAACCAAUUGUCACUUGGCACAAAGAUUACCAACCAAUCGGUCAAAACCCAGACAUUGAUGUUCUCACCAAAUUCAAUGAAACCACACUAACCAUCUACUAUCCCACUAUAUACCAUGAAGGGACAUUUAGUUGUGUUAUAACUAAUACAUUCGGAAAGUCAACCUCCUCUUCCACACUAGAAGUUACUGAAAGUAAGCAAUUAAGAACAUUUCCAUCGCCAGUGGCCACGCAUGAAGUGAAAGUGACAACAGAGUAUGAAAUGAGUGAAGAAGAUCUUGACCAAAUGAUUGACAAGGAACUUGAAUCGUACAAAGACGUUGAAACGGAUGAGAAAUCCUUACUACAGGUGCCUCAGGCUGUCUUGCACAGGCCUCGUGCUUCAGACACUUCACAAUAUUCUUGUUCUCCUGUCGAGAUCAUGAUCACUGCUCCAACACCAGUCCCAUUCAAAAUGAUUGAAAAAUACGCAGAGAUGUCUGAGGACGACGGCAGUUCUCAUCCUAUGAAACACAAAUUCACAUUCUCCUAUGAUGCCGCGCAGGUAGUCAGUGAAUCUGAGAAGAUAAGUUCUUUAGGCCAGACCGGAAAGGUUGAAAGCAGUUCUGAUUUGUCCUUCCAAUCUGCUGUGGCUAUUACUAGAUCUUCUGAGGUAGAAGCAACAAUGGUUGGUGAAUGGGAACAACAUAUACUAUUUGGAAAUUCUGAAGAUUUGAGGCAGUCCCCUCUGAGUGAUACUGGUGAUAUUACUGACCUGACAUUGAUGCAGACUUUGGACAAAUCUGUAGGUUCCCACAGCCCUAAGGAUAAUGUUUCAAAAGUAUCUAGAUCAGAAGCAGACAUGGCAAGUGAGAGAGAACAGCAUAUAUUAUCCACAUUUUCAGAAGAUUUGAAGCAUUCCCCUCUGAGCCAUACUAGUGAUAUUACUGAUCAGGCAUUAAUGCAGGAGCUGGACACCUCUAUAGGUUCCCACAUUCUAUACGCCAGAUUCUUCAACUGAAAUUUCGCAGCUCCUGAAAACUCCAGAAUCUUUCCACACUCCUGAAACCCCAGCAGGUUAUAUUACCCCUAAUGAGUGUGCCUUCUCUCCUCUUGAACAUAAAAGACCAUCCACUGACUCUAGUGAGAGGUUAUUUUCUCCUGCUAAGGAGGUCACCCGAUGAUGAGGGCAUUGAGACAACACCCCCUGCAUUUAGAUUAGAUUAAGGAAGUUUCCUCUCAGAGCGUGCCUUUGGCCUUGGAGGACUACAGGAAAAAGUCCAGGGAAUCCCUCCGUCUUUCCUCAAACCUCUCAACAAAAGGAGAGUUGUUGAACAUGAUUUGUUAUCGUUUUAUGCUGAGGUGUUUGGGUUGCCUUCACCUGAAGUGAAAUGGUUUAGAAACAAAACCCAAUUUGUUGCAGAUGAAAGGAUUACAAUGGACAGAGAUGGCGACAAUAUCUCGCUUGUUAUUCAGAACAUUACGAAAGCUGAUCAAGGUGAAUAUAUUUGCAAAGCGUUUAACUAUGUAGGGGAGGCAAAAAGCGUUGCACUAGUUGUAGUUAUAUCCAACGAGGCCAGAUAUAUGCCCCCACCACCGUCAGUCACCCAUCAGCAUGUGAUGGAGUUUGAUGUUGAGGAAGACGAUGACUCAUCGAGGUCUUGCUCCCCUCAGGAGAUUCUAUUGGAGGUGGAGCUGGAUGAAAAUGAGGUUAAAGAGUUUGAGAGACAGGUGAAGAUAGUUACCAUCCCAGAAUACACCGCUGACAAUAAAAAUAUGAUAAUAUCACUCGAUGUUCUUCCGAGUAUGUACGAGGAGAGUGGAGUUGACUUUGUAACGCAUGAAAGGGAUGAUUUGAAAAUAGAUUUUGAGGUUACAGAAAUGCCACCUCGCUUCACCAACCCAAUUUGUGAUAUGGAAACCCCAGAGAAUACAACUGUAAUGUUUGAAUGUUCUCUGAUGGGAAUUCCCUCUCCCAUAGUAUCAUGGUUUAAAGGUAACAAGACGAUCCCUCACGAUAACAAGAAAUACUUGCACUCGUCUGAUGGAGAUAAUAAUUUCCUUAAGAUCAGGAACGUCAGCGCUCAUGAUAGUGGAAUAUACACCUGCCGGGCCAUCAAUGUGGUUUGGGAAACUCUUUGCAGGGCAUCUCUUCUUGUGUUGAAUCCUAAAAGCUUUAUAGGGAAAACAAGAGGGAGAGAAUUGACAGCUGUGUCUCUUGGUAGUGCUAAAGUCCAGCCUCAAAAGUUGGACUUGAAUCAGUUGUUGGGAAUCAGUUUGACGGUGAGCAAGCAUCAGAAGUAGAGCUGGAAUUUGAAUUUGAGCAGGAAGCUGAUGAAUCACAAAAGGCUGUUAGACUUAUAGCCCUGACGGACAAUGAGAUGAGCGAGCAGGGAGAUAAAUAUGUCAGUAUUAACUUUGACGUUUUCGCAGAGCCCGCCAAAGAUGAUAAAAUAGAAUUCAAAGGAAAGUCAUCAAAAUUGUGUAGUUUCCGGUAUCAAAUUACUGAAGCUCCACCAAAAUGCAUGAUUCCUUUGGCAAAUGUCACCGCAGCAGUAGGAACUCCAGUGGUCCUCCAGUGUUUAGUAAAUGGUAAACCUCAUCCCACCGCUGAAUGGUACAAAGAUGGCGAUCCAGUGAAAGACACUAGGUACAUGAUCCAAGAGAAAGCAUCUGGACAUUUUAAUUUGAUCAUCACAAAUGUCACCCAAAAAGAUGCUGGGGAGUACAAGUGCCUUAUCCAAAACAAAUCUGGAUAUACUGAAACAACUGCUUUGUUGAAAGUGUUUUAAUCUCUUCAUGUCAUUUGUUUUCAUGUGGAUGUUGAACUCAAUUAAAAUGUUUUUACUGUAUGUUAGAAAAGUAGCUUUUAUUCAUUAUAAUUUGGUACAUGUGAAAAGUGUUCUGAAAUGAAGUGUAGGUCCUAUUUAUUGUGUAUAGUGUGUAAUCACUUCACACAACAUAAUUAUUAUAAAUGUUAUAAUCAUGUUUGGUGAAGGGGAAUGUUUGUUUUUCAAAACAGUUAAAAAAAAGUUAUUGCUUAUAGUUUCAUUUAAGGUGACAAAAUGUGUAUGAAUACUUACCACCCAUGUGUAAUCAAAACAUUGUUAUCAAGCCAUUCGUGUUAGGCCCAAAUGAAGAUCUUGUAUCAAAAUGUCCAAUGUUUUAAUUAGCCAAAUAUUUCAAAUUAAUCAUAUAAUUGAAUAUACUGUAUAGUCAUAUAUAAUAUAACAAAUACAUCAAACUUUGGUUUCUCGUAUCCAGAUUAAGCCUACUCCUGAACUAAAAGCAUGCUCAAUAGAGAGAACUGGUGAUCCAAUUCCCAGUGUGUAGUGUUAAGAGGUGCUUGUCAAAAAUAUAAAUACGUAUGCAUCCAUGAUAACUCAGUGUUGUUAGCAUGAUACUGUAUAUGUUAUGAUUUAUGGGGUAGUGCUUAGAAUCAGUGAUGUGCAGAGUUUAGUUAGUUUUAUUUAUCUUUUGAUUAAUGAAUGAUUUCGAAAGCAAUCUGGUACAAAACAAAACAAUUUAUCGAACACAAUUUAAAUCUGAUAUUGAAUGUACUUUUGUAGAGCAAAUGUUUCAUUAGGACUACAAUAGAAAAGUACACCAUUCAAAAUAAAGCCUUGGGGUUGGCUGUAAAAUCAUAUUUUUUAAAAGGUUACUUAUAUACAUACCUGUAAGUGCUGUAAAUAUGUUUCACUGUAUGUUUAAGAGGCAAUUGUAUUCUUAAUGAAUAAUAUAUAUUUGGGGUUAUAAAAGAUUUACCAAUUUGACUGAUCUCAAUACAAUAAUACAACAAUGUAUUCAUUUGGAAAUGGGAGUAAUUGAAAUUAAUUAUUUAUUUGCACAGAAAUCACUUCAGUUUGUCUCUAACAGUGUUUAUUUAUGUAUAAAUAAAGGAGGUAUAUACAGCACUACUCAUUCAAGGGUUUGUCUUUAUUUGUAAAAAAAAAAAAAAAGAAAACUUUGUAGAAUAAUAGUGAAGACAUCAAAACUAUGAAAUAACACAUACGGAAUCAUGUAGUAACCAAAAAAGUGUUAAACAAAUCAAAAUACAUUUUAUAUUUGAGAUUCUUCAAAUAGCAACCCUUUGCCUUGAUGACAGCUUUGCACACUCUUGGCAUUCUCUCAAUCAGCUUCAUCUGGAAUACUUUUCCAACAGUCUUGAAGGAGUUCCCACAUAUGCUCAGCACUUGUUGGCUGCUUUUCCUUCACUCUGCCGUCCGACUCAUCCCAAACCAUAUCAAUUGGGUUGAGGUCGGGGGAUUGUGGAAGCCAGGUCAUCUGAUGCAGCACUCCAUCACUCUCCUUCUUGGUAAAAUAGCCCUCACACAGCCUGGAGGUGUGUUGGGUAAUUGUCCUGUUGAAAAACAAAUGAUAGUCCCACUAAGCCCAAACCAGAUGGGAUGGCGUAUCGCUGGAGAAUGCUGUGGUAGCCAUGCUGGUUAUGGUGUGCCUUGAAUUCUAAAUAACUCACAGAUAGUGUCACCAGCAAAGCACCCCCACACCAUAACAACUCCUCCUCCAUGCUUUACGGUGGGAACUACACAUGCGGAAAUCAUCCGUUCACCCACACUGCGUCUCACAAAGACACGGUUUGAACCAAAAAUCUCCAAUUUGGACUCCAGAUCAAAGGACAAAUUUCCACCGGUCUAUUGUCCAUUGCUCAUGUUUCUUGGCCCAAGCAGGUCUGUUCUUCUUAUUGGUGUCCUUUAGUAGUGGUUUAAUUGCAGCAAUUCGACCCUGAGGCGUGAUUCACGCAGUUUUCUCUGAACAGUUGAUGUUGAGAUGUGUCUGUUACUUGAACUCUGUGAAGCAUUUAUUUGGGCUGCAAUUUCUGAGGCUGGUAACUCUAAUGAACUUAUCCUCUGCAGCAGAGGUAACUCUGGGUCUUCCAUUCCUGUGUCAGUCCUCAUGAGAGCCAGUUUCAUCAUAGACUUGAUGGUUUUUGCAACUGUACUUGAAGAAACGUUCAACGUUCUUGAAAUUUUCCGGAUUGACUGACCUUCAUGUCUUAAAGUAAUGAUGGACUGUCGUUUCUCUUUGCUUAUUUGAGCUGUUCUUGCCAUAAUAUGGACUUGGUCUUUUGCCAAAUAGGGCUAUCUACCUUGUCACAACACAACUGAUUGGCUCAAAUGCAUUAAGAAGGAAAGAAAUUCCACAAAUUCACUUUUAAUUGAAAUUCAUUCCAGGUGACUACCUCAUGAAGCUGGUUGAGAGAAUGCCAAGAGUGUGCAAAGCUGUCAUCAUGGCAAAGGGUGGCUAUUUGAAGAAUCUCAAAUAUAAAAUAUAUUUUGAUUUGCUUAACACUUUUUUGUUACUACAUGAUGUGUUAUUUCAUAGUUUUGAUGUCUUCACUAUUAUUCUACACUGUAAAAAAAAAAAAAAGAAGAAAAAAAAUCUUGAAUGAGUAGGUGUGUCCAAACGUUUGACUGGUAGUGUAUAUACUGAUGUCAAUUAUUGUAUGGUGUUGUCUUGAUAUCACCCUCUAAGCUUUUGCAGCGGACACACAAUUGACCAGCAUAACCCUUUCUUUUAUGGAAAAAAAUUCUCAAUCUUACUCAUUAUUUUUUACACAGAAUAUUCUAGCUCCACAGUGGAAUAAGAACAAUAAUUCUACACUACUGGCCUUAAAUUACCUCACAAAACAAAAACACUUGAGCUCCAGCCAGAGUCUAAAAGCUAUUCUAGUACUUUAGAGAAGAAAAAAUAAAAGCCAAUCUUUUUGACCCAACUCUCACCAGCAGCUGUCAAUGUUGGAGAGGCAGCUAGAUUUACUGUCACAGUAUCUGGCCUUCCAAAGCCUAAUGUCCAGUGGUUUCAUAAUGGGAAAGUCAUUACCUCUUCAUCAAUUUACAAAUUGAUUCAAGAAAAAGAUGAGUACACCUUAAUAAUAUCUGAGGUAAAAACAGAGUAUGAAGGUGAGUACUCUUGUACAGCUAGCAAUAUAUUUGGCCAGACAACCUGUACUACUUACCUGGAGGUGAGAAAGAUAGCUUUAACUACAGCUGAGCAAUGGGUUGACAAAAUGUUCAAAGCCACUGGCCAACCACCUAAUUUCACUAGCCAAAUCAAACCUAUAAAAGGCCAAGAGGGAGGUGAGGCUUACUUUAAGUAUAAAGUAACUGGUGAUCCAAUGCCAGAUGUGCAGUGGUUUAAAAGUGCUCGUCAAAUUCAGUGUGGUAAGUACUGCAUUAUAGUGAACAACCCAGAUGGCUCUGGCUUCAUCAACAUGAAGGGCAUCCAACAGCAGGACAGUGGUCCCUAUACAUGUAAGGCUUCCAACCCGUCUGGGGAGGCCUCUUGUGGUGCUGAGCUAAUUGUGUUCAAAGAGUCUGUCUCUGUAUCUCAGCAUAAGGAACACAUGGUUGUUCAAAAAGGUUAUAAAGUAUCCAUGACAGCUGAACAAGCUACAGAGUCUCGCUUGUACAUGGUCAAACUUCCUGGAGUGGCCAGGGCCAGCAUUCAGGCAGGACAUCAGAUGGUAUACACCAUUGGCACAGAGGACAGCCAGGUUGUUUGCAGUGAGCAAGUAAAGACCUUUAGAGAGUUGGAUAUCUCUGUGGAUACUGCCCAAAGAGAGAGGAUCACCCACCAGGCUGCAGUUCUGCAGUCAAAUGAGGUACAAGAGAGUGUGUCUGUGGGUGUCACCCUUCCACCUCAAGUUUCAGUAGUUCCUACAAAACAUCUCCGUACGGCUGCCUUUCAUUCAUCUCCUGUUCAGGAGAGCCCAAAGCUCACAGAGCAGCACUGUGACCGUAUCCAAAGCCCAGAAGUCAUAGAGUUUCUGUCUUCAAAUGGGAAGCGUUCAAAAUUAAUGUCUGCCACUUCUGAGGAGAUAACCACCUUGGUGAGAGUAAGCACAGAGAUGUCAGGUGACAGGAAGACAGAUAAAGUAAAGCCAACCUCCGAGCCAAAACAUCUUGUCAGUAGUCAUCAAGUUGAAUCCCAACUGUCAAUUUUAAAAUAAAUUCCCAAGCCACAGGAGGAGAAAAGUUAUAAAGUCAAAGAAGGCGUUAAGAUAUUGUACUCCGCUAUGUCAACUGAAAAACUGAUGAUUCCUUUGGGACAUACAACAGAUGUGCCCUCUGCUGAUUCUGCUCUUCAAUCUUCAGUGACAAAAUAA